AGCUGAUUAGUCGUUUGUUUGUGUGUGUGCGUGUUCAUCGCUGCUCUGCUUGUCUUCUUCUUCUUUUCUGUCGAGCACGGAUCGACAUCUCAAUUUUGCUCGUGGUCAAGCUUCCACAGAACUUUUGUGGAAAUUUUCACCGCCCGUAGCGAAAAUUAGUGAAGUUUGGUGUAUUCCGUUUGCAUUAUAGUAGAUAGACCAAAAAGUGUGCAGCUCGUGCGUUUGUAAUAGAGUUGAGUGUGCAAAAUGCCUUCCAGCGAUCCACUGCCGCCCAAGGAGAGUGCGCUCUUCAGGAAGCUGUUGAAAUGUUACGAAAUGAAGCAGUACAAAAAUGGUUUGAAAUUAGCCAAGCAGAUUCUAUCCAACCCCAAGUAUGCGGAGCAUGGCGAAACUUUGGCGAUGAAAGGCCUGACACUUAACGGUUUAGGACGACGAGAGGAGGCGUAUAAGUAUGUACGCUUGGGACUGCGUAAAGAUUUACGCUCACACGUUUGCUGGCAUGUUUAUGGUUUACUGCAGCGAAGUGAUAAGAAGUAUGAUGAGGCGAUUAAAUGCUAUCGUAAUGCGUUGAAGUGGGAAAAGGAUAAUCUUCAAAUCCUGAAAGAUUUAUCAUUGCUGCAGAUACAAAUGCGUGAUCUCGAAGGCUAUAAAGAAACACGUCACCAUUUAUUUACUUUAAGACCCUCACAACAUGCCAGCUGGAUUGGCUUUGCCAUGAGCUAUCAUCUAAUUGGUGAUCUUGAAAUGGCUAAUAGCAUUUUGGAAACGUUCAGCCAAUCCCAGGCUUCUAUAGAAACGCACGACUAUCGGCAUUCGGAACUUUUGCUGUACCAAAACCAAAUCCUUGUAGAAGCUGGUAACAUUCAGCGCGCACUCGAUCAUCUGCGACAAUACGAGAGCCAAAUUGUUGAUAAGCUGGCUGUUCAAGAGUCAGUAGGGGACUUGUAUAUUAAACUCGGACAACCCGAAUUAGCUGUUCCCAUCUUUGAGGAGCUUAUCCGACGUAAUCCCGAGAACACACUUUACUAUUCUCAAUAUUUUGCUGCUCGGGAAUUUACAGAUGCAGCCGAUAAACUAGCUGCUUUCAAACAAUUUGAAGAAAUAUACCCGCGAGCCAUGUGCCCUAAACGUUUGCCAUUGGAUGUCGCAAGCGGCGAUGCUUUUCGUUCUGCUUUGGAUUCAUAUCUACGCCGUGGUCUACGUAAAGGGGUCCCGCCAUUGUUCGUAAAUGUGCGUGUGCUACAUCGUGUGCCUGAAAAGGCGACUAUUAUCGAGGAACUUGUGCUACAAUAUUACGAAAAUUUAACACGUUCGGGACACUUUUCGAGAGAAGAUGCCGAUGCUAAUCUCCCGGUGGAACCAGCGUCCGCACUUGUUUGGACCGCUUUGUUCUUGGCGCAGCACUAUGACUAUAAGCGCGAUACGGAACAUGCUCUAGAAUAUGUGAAUGCGGCUAUCGAUCAUACACCUACCCUUAUUGAGCUCUUUAUGACGAAGGGUCGCAUAUACAAGCAUGCAGGGGACCCCGUGGAAGCCUAUAUGUGGAUGGAUGAAGCGCAGAGUAUGGACACUGCAGAUCGUUAUAUUAAUUCGAAGUGCGCCAAAUAUAUGCUACGCGCUAAUUUGGUGAAAGAGGCUGAAGAGGUUUGUUCGAAAUUCACUCGAGAGGGUGUGACCGCCAUGGAGAAUCUAAAUGAGAUGCAAUGUAUGUGGUUCCAAACAGAAUGUGCACUGGCUUACCAGCGCAUGGGUCGUUGGGGCGAUGCGCUGAAAAAGUGCCACGAAGUAGAUCGUCACUUCUCCGAGAUCAUUGAAGACCAAUUCGAUUUCCACACGUACUGUAUGCGCAAAAUGACUUUGAGGGCAUAUAUCGGAUUGUUGCGUUUGGAAGAUGUGCUACGUCGCCAUCCUUUCUACUUUAGGGCGGCGAAAUGUGCCAUAGAGGUGUACAUUCGCUUAUAUGACAAACCACUUAAAUCGGAGGAAACAAUAGAGGAAAUUGAUUCAGAAAAUCUCCCGCCAUCAGAGCUUAAGAAGCUUCGUAGCAAACAGCGCAAAGCUAAGAAGAAAGCCGAACUUGAAAGCGCACAAGCAGCACAAGCACAGGUGAAGCGCGAGCAACAUCAGAAAUCCAAACAACAGGCUAAUCAGGAAGCUGAUCCUGAGGCGCCGCAAUUGGAUGAGCUCAUACCAGAGAAGUUGGAGCGACCGGAGGAUCCACUUGAAAAGGCCAUUGAGUUCCUGAAACCGCUGCAACAAUUGGCCAAAGAUCGUAUUGAAACGCAUUUACUGGCAUUCGAACUCUACUGCCGCAAGAACAAAAUUCUACUAAUGCUGCAAUCCAUUAGACGCGCGAGCGCCAUCGAUGCGACACAUCCAUCUGUGCAUGCGUGCAUAGUAAGGCUGGCGGGAGCAUUACCCAAACUGACAGCCAAUGGAGAGUUGAAUGCGAGCAUUAAAACUGUCGUCGACAAGGCCACCAAAGAACUGAUAGGAACAAAGAGUGUACAACAAUUGAACGAUGAGUUCGUCGCGCAAAAUGGUACUUCCAUAAUGCAUCUGUAUGAGGGCGCACGUAUCAUGUACGAACUGGAGCCAAGUAAACGUAAUGUCGCCAUCAAGUUGAUUACCUCAUUUGACAUUAAUAAAAUUAAACUUGAAGAAGCCUCUAAAAUCUAUGAAGCGCUCCGGGAUGGCGUGUUCGGUGAUUGCGAUGAGGAUUUGAUACAAUACCGGGCAACGUGCCAGCAGCGUUUCAAGUAUGCGCGCAUCUUUAAGGACAUUGUGGACGCACCAACCUCAGCUGCCAAUGACGAAAAUCACGUAGAUGAGAAAUCAAAGCCGAAUGCUAUAUCUGCUGAUGAGAAGACUGCGGAUUUGUAAUACAACUGCAAUAUGCAUAUGAUAUGCAACAAUAACAACAAAUCUUUCAACAAUAUUUACAACAACAACAAACCACAACUACAACAGCCAGAGUAAAACGAACGUAGCAGCCGUAACACCAAUAUAACCGAUAGAUAAUGUCUAGAUACCUACAUUUAUAAAUUCAUACACAUACACAUCAAUUAAACGCUGAUUUGAAAGUUUAAGCUGAAUAAAUGCGUUGACUAAAAUCUAGAACAAAAAAAAAAUUAAAAAUUAAAAAAAAUAGGGAAACAAUGAAAUGUUCGAACAAUGGAGAUUGCAAACAUCCGAGAAACCAUUAUAUCAGCGCUUAAUGUAUGCGCAAAUUAGCAAUUACAAUAAAUACAAUAAUAUGAAACAGAUUUAACUUAUAUACAUACAUACAAGCGUACAUGCGUACAUGCAUACUAAGUAUGGAACAGUUGUUGUAAUACAUCAGAAAACUAUUAUGCGUACAACUCAUUGUGAGAACGAAAACAGUGCGGAAGGAGUAGAGCAAAAAAGUAACUACAAAAAUCACAAAAUAUAUUUGCGUAUUAUUAAA